UUGAGAGACUGCAGUGACACAGCAGAGCUGCAGUCGAGACCAGUCUCUCUGUGUUUCUCUCCGAAGAAGAAUUCAGCUGAAUCCAUCAGGGUUUUCUCAACAGAACAGCAGAAUCUGUUCAGACUGAGCGAUGGACUCUGAAUCCAGCAGAACGAUGGAGGUGGCAGCACUGGGCCGGCCUUUCAGCCUCGGGAUGUUGUACGACUGCCGCAAUGAUUCACUCAUCCCUGGAAUGACAUUGUGGGAUCGCAGUGAUCUGAAAAAAGAUAUUGGAGAAAGACCACAGAACUAUAAUGACUUUGAGAUAGUUGCAUCAGAAUCAAUUGAGGACAAAUCUUCAGCAUUAAAUGUUGAAGCAUCACUGAAAGCAAGUUUCUGUAGUGGACUCAUAGAGGUUGGUGGAUCUGCCAAAUACCUGAAAGAUAGUAAGACUUCAAAAAAUCAGGCCAGAGUAACACUGACGUACAAAGCUACCACAAAGUUUCAGGAACUGUCAAUGGAUCAUCUUGGAAGAGGCAAUGUGAAGCAUCCGUAUGUCUUUGAUAAAGGAUUAGCAACACAUGUAGUCACAGCUGUUCUUUAUGGGGCACAAGCCUUCUUUGUCUUUGACCGUGAGGUGUCUGAACAGGAAGACCAUCAAGACAUUGAGGGUAACUUGAAGGUGAUGAUCAAAAAGAUUCCCAGCAUUGUUAUAGAAGGUGAAAGUUCACUGAAAAUGGAAGACAAGGACAAAGCAAACGUUCAGAAAUUCUCCUGCAGGUUCUAUGGAGACUUUUCCAUUCAGAAACCUCCUACAACCUUUCAGGAUGCAGUACAAGUCUACCAAAGCCUGCCACAGUUGCUGGGAACCAACGGAGAAAACGCUGUACCAAUGAAGGUCUGGCUGUUGCCACUGACAAGUUUAGAUUCUUCUGCUGCGAAACUUGUCCGUCAGAUAAGUAUAAGACUAGUUCAGCAAUCACAGAGUGUCCUGGAGGACUUCAGUGAGCUGGAAAUGAGGUGUAAUGAUGCACUGAAAACCACCACUGCGCAGCAGUUCCCACAGAUUGGCAAAAAACUUAAAACCUUUAAAGAGAUGUGCUCUGAGUUCAAGCUGGAAUUCCAACAAACCUUGGCAAAGAAACUUCCAUCAAUCCGAGGAGGAGGAGAAGAGGAGGCUGUGCUCGCAGAGAUCCUGAAGAAGAGACAUUCUUCUCCUUUCAACAGCAAAGACCUGAACGAGUGGAUAGACUGUAAAGAGAGAGAAAUUUACACUUUAAAGUCUUUCACCAACAUAAUGAGAGACACCAAGAUUGUCCCGUCUCAAACAGACCUGUACAAGGAAAGUCUCAGUGUAGAGCAUUCAGUGUGUCUUGUUUUCACCUCAUUGGGAAGUGAUGAACCGUUCCUCUCAGCUUUAUCAGACUACCUAAAAGGAACAACCAAACCAGACGACCCUCAACAUUCACAUACUGAUGUAGAGAAGGAACAAUGGUAUGCCUCAAAAGAAGUAGCAGAUGCUAUGAGACAUAAAGCAAAGCUCUUCAGUGACUUUGCAAAGGCCAACAAGGAGAACAAGAAUAUUAAGUUCUUAAUAGUUGGUUCAACAAAUGAGGCACAGAGAGGUUCAAGCAUCUACCUUUAUAAAGACGGCUUUUCUGUGAGUGAGAACUUUGAGCCACCUUCGAAGCCUGAAACAGUGACAGUCAGGGACAUAAACCACAACAGAGUGACACUGAAGAUUUCUCCACCCAGAUUUGGAACAGAGAACAUCACCUCCUACUCUGUUGAGUACUGUGUCAGUGGAGAGGAUGGAUGGCAACAACAGACAGCAUCAAAAGCUGAAGAAGUCACAGUGAGAGAUCUGAGUCCUAGCACAGAGUAUAUGUUCAGAUGUAGAGCAGUGACCUCAGUAGGAGUUGGACCAGCCAGUGUAGUCAGUGGUUCCAUUAAAACCUUACCUUGCAGCCCUCCUGGAAAACCACAAGUUGAACCAAACUCAAGUGAGAUAUCAGUGAGCUGGGAGAAACCUGCUGAGCUUGGACAAGAUGUCCAGAUAUGGAGCUACAUCGUGGAGUACGCCAAAACAGACAACGGGAUGAAAGAGGAAGAUCUCCAGUGGAACCAAAUGAUGUCGAAGGCUGAAAACAGGAUCAUUUCAGAGCUUCAGUCAGAGACAGAAUAUGUUGUCAGGACAGCCAGCGUCCACCAGUUCUAG